UAUUGGGAAGACAAUUGGGGAUUGAAAUGGAAAAGAAAGGGGGAGAAAACACAGUAACCUGAAAAGGGAAGCAGCUCAGAUAUUGCUACUACUACACCCCUGCCCGCGAAAUCAAACUUGGUGGUGUAACUUUGUAGUGCGACAACUGAACUUCACAAUGGCGGACGAAGAUUUACCACCUGCUAUAAGGUUGAUGAGUUUUGUUUCCGAAGAACAGUUGGAAGAAGCCAAGAAAACUCGGGGUGCUCGGGUCGAGGACGGAACUGCUCAGAGAGAUCGCCCACUUUAUGAGAUUUUGAAGGAAAACAAGGACAAGAAAGAUGCUGAAUUUAAUGAGCGAUUUAAACACCGACCACCUAAAGCCUUGGAUGAUGACGAGACCGAGUUCCUUGAUAAGCUUGAAAUGUCAAGGAGAGAUUAUGAGAAGCAAGUGGCUGAUGAAGAGGCUGAGCAGCUGCGAAGUUUUCAAGUUGCUGUUGCUGCACAGUCUACCAUUGUACAGGAAAUCAAGGAGAUGCCUCCUGUUCCGAAAGUCCAGGAGCCGACAUUAAUUAGGAGGAAGAGUCGUCCACCUAAUCCAUUGGGAACGAUUAUCAAAGUCAAGCCACAAGCAAAGAAAGCAAAGAUGGAUCCAGAAACUUCAGGUCCUUCUUUGACAGCUAACAAAGUGUCUAGUGAUGAUAAAAAGCAGCUUUCAUCAGAUAUUCAUAAUGUAUCCAAAUGUGACACAGGAGAAUCCCACAGAUUUGUGAAAGGACCUAUUGCCGAUGAUGAAAACCGUGAACCAGUUACAAUAGGUGGUUUGGUUUCCUAUAGUGAUGAAAGUGAUGAUGAUUGAUUGUGGCAUAUUGAUAUGUCAAUGAGAAUUUGCGUCAGUUUAAUCAAAUUUCCAAUUUCUCAUCAUCUAUGGAUGGACAGCUGGGGAUUUGGUUCUGUCUUAAUAGGUUCACAUGAUUGGUUGAUGGAGAAUCAAAAGUAGAUUUGCAAAAUUACGAAGUAUUUCUAAAUUUAUUCAGAAGUAAUUACAAGA